ACAUACGUAAGUGAAUUGUCACAGGUAAUCCAUUGGCAUUCUGAGUAUAUAGAUACUUGAUGUUAGAAUUGUUUUGAACGAUCACUCAAAAUUACCUUUCAGAAAUCGUCAGUAAUCUUAAUAAACUACUAUAUAGUCGUCCUAGUGUUAUGACAACAACAUAAGCUAGUUUUAAAAUGAUAUUUUGUUCAUCUUAACAAAUUGGUUUUUAAAGGAGGGAAACUGGCUGGACUAGGUUCUGUGCUAAAAUGCUUGGUUUUCGCAAAUGCUAAUUAUUGAUUAUCUUGGAGUUGACAUUUGGACGGUCUUGAAAAAUACUACUCAAAUCUAUGGACUAAUCUUCAUAAUUAUAUCUUCUGUCCACAAAUACUGGUCAGAAUCUCUACUCUUAAGUAAGCUGGAAUAGGUUUCUGGAAACCUUAUGAGGGUUACUGAAAGCUACUAAUUGGAUUAAUCCAUGGAGAUUUGGCAGUUCAUGCCGUGCAUAAAUCAGUGUAGUCUUCUGUAUCAAGGCAUAUAACAGUUGUCGCUUAUCACAAGUUAAUGUUAAUAAUGGCCAAAUUGUUGUACGCACAAGUAUUGAGAACAUGUGCUGAUAGCAAGUCUUUCUAAGUCAACGGAUAAUUUUCAUUUUAACAUUUAUGUUGGUCAUCUUUGUUGCCAAGAGCAAAACCAAUUUCCUUCAUUUCAAUCAAUACUUCAAUGAUCCUUGUAAUAUUGGUUAACGAUAUAUAGUUGCAAAAAGCAACCAUACAUUUUUUCACUUUUCGUGGAAACUGCAUAACUGAGCUUUGAACAUAUUAAGUAUUUAAAUCUGGCUUUAUUAAAGUUAAUCUGGUUGUUCUUCGAUUUUAUAAGAAGUGAUUAUCUUAGAUGAUGUUUCAUCUUUGAAAUUUACGUCAAAUGCACAACUUAAGUAAUUACCUUAUUCCAGAUGCUCCGCCCACGUGCUCUUACUUCUGCCUUAAGAAAGAUGAAUACUGGCGGAAUACAGUCAGUUAUGUUAUUUAAUCCUGAAGGUGUUCUUCUUGCCUAUACGAGCCUUGCUGGUGAUAGUGAGCGAUCUAAAGCCGCAAUCGCAGCUAAUGUUUGGAAUAUAUAUCAGCGCCAACUAGAGUCCAGUGAAUCGGAUACUGUCCAGGAAAUAAUCUUGAAAUUAUCUGAAGGCAGACUAAUAAUUACACGUGUAGCGUCAGUUCUUCUCUGCCUCCAUGCCUCCAAAGAUGUGGGUUUGGGAAUGUUACGAGCUAAGAUGAAUGCUUUAGUACAAAAUUUACAAGAGCCAUUGAGUAUUAUUGCAGCUUCCUAA